AUGGAUGAUAAACGACUCUUUGAUCACUUUGCACUUAUUGAUGUAGAAAAUACAGGUUCUAUUGAACGUGAUGAAUUACUUCCGACAACAUCAUCACCAAUAGCAGAUACAUUUAUACAAUUAUCAUCGAAAACACAUGAUAUAACACCAAAACAUCAACAACUUAUUGUUGAUUUAGUUAUUAUUUACCGUACCCAUGGUGAAAAUCCACCAGUUGCUUAUGAAGCUAUAUGGGCAACUCCAAAUCAUUUCUCAGCUAAUCUAAAUCAUAGUGGACUACACAAUCAUGAAAUGUAUUUAUGUAUUAGACGUGGACGUGAUAAACCACCAAUAACAGAUAUUGAUGUUUUGUUGGAGGCAAGAGAAGAAACCAUGGAUAAUUUUUCAGUUAUUGAAACAACACCACAUGGAUAUCCAGCAAGUAUAUGUAACUCAUUCUUUAGCAAAGAACGUACAUUAAUUACAUAUCGACGAGCAGCCUUAACGAUUUUAUGCAAUACAUUAACUGUGACAGAUGUUUGUGUUAUUAUUGAGAGCAAAGGCAAAACUUCUCCACAUUCAUUUAUUAAAAUAAAUAAAAAUUUAAAUCAUUCAAUGUUUAAUCCAAAAAUAUAUUUUUGUUAUAAAAAAUCUGUUAUGAAUUCAAUACGAAUUCAAUAUCGUCCACGAAUUGUUUCACGUUAUUUUGAUAUAUGUGAACCAUCUGCUGAUGUUAUAUGUGUCGAUCUUGACUCAGAUAUAAUUACUGGCGGAACUAAAGAGCAAAAACAUUGGUCUGUAAAAAUAUUUCCAAAAAAAGCUAAUGAAAUCAAAUUCCAAGUACUCAAUACAUAUCAACAACGUUUAUAUGAACUUCCUACACAUUUGAAACGUAAUCAUAACGAUUCUGAAUUGCAUCUGCAAAUAGUUCAACUUGAACGUAAUAUGGAAACACGUAUACGUGAUAUAUUUCUUCGUUUUAUGUGUACAUGUUUUUAUGGUUAUAAACGAUUUUUACGCCAAAUCUUACGUCAACCGAAUCAAUUAUCAACAGAUAUUUGUUUUCGUGACAUUAUUCAAUUAUGUGGUAUCUAUGAUGAUCCCCUACUGGCAGUUAAAAUUUACUCAUUCAUGAAGAAAAAUGGUACAGAAUGCAAUGCUAUUACAUAUGGUGCUUAUAAUAAUCGUGAAAAUAAACUUAACCAAGAUGAUAUGUUAUCAAGUAUCUUUUCAACAUUAGCUGGAUCAAUCAAAGAUAUAACAGAGAGUUCAUUUUUUCCAAGAAUGCUUUUGAAAAAAUCACCAUCAAUGGAUGGGCUAACAGAUAAUAAAAUAGUUCCUACAACGAAUUCAAACAAUAAUAAUAUUAAUAAUAUUGCUGUUCUUGAAACAGCAAAAAAACGUUCGCUAUCAAAUACAUAUGAUAUUCAUUCAAAACUUGACUACAGUACACUUCAAUCAAUUACUCAUGAAACAGCUCGAUCUGAUGCUGGUAUAUUAAUGACUACAAUUGACAUUAAAAUAGUUGAUAUCGAAGGAAAAGAAGAAGGAAUUUCAUCUCUAUCAUAUAUUUCAACACUACUAACACGACUACGUGCUAAAUUUAAUCAAAGUAAUUUUUCAGCAUUGUAUAAUUCAAAAAAUCUUACUACAAUCAAAUCAUUUGCAUUGGAUUUUUUUACUGAUCUUAAAUCUUCAGUCAAAUCUACAAUCAAUUCAUUAACACAAUCAAAGAGUCCACAUAUAAUUAAUAAUCCAAUAAUCAAUAAAGAACAAACAUUAUCAAGAAAUAAUAGUAAUAGUAAAUUACAUGAUAGUAUAUCAUCAUUUAUAUCACACCAAAGUUCAAAUAGUUCUUCAUCAUUAAAUACAAAUAAUAUCAAUGAAGUGGAUAUUAAAGAUUUUUGUUUAGACUUUUCAAAUGUUGCAAUACCAAUUAGUUAUAAUCAUGAUAGGAAUUCUCAUUUCCCAAGUCGUAUUAUUGAAAUUAGUAGUUGCAGUCGAUGUUUAUCAUGUAAUCAAUUUUUGUACGACCAAGAAAUCAUGAAUGGCUGGUCAGCAGAUGAUUCUGAAUUACAUACAAUAUGUGUUCAUUGUAGAAUGAAAACAAUACCAACAUUAGCUAUGAAUAUAAGAAUAAAACAAAUUCAGUUGAUUACUUAA